GUCCAGCUGCCCAGCGCCAGGUCCAGAAUGGGCCAUCUCCAGAUGAGAUGGAAGCACAGAGGAGACAAGUGAUGGAGCAGCAGCAACAGCGCCAGGAGUCUCUGGAAAGAAGAACCUCCACCACAGUUUCCACCCUUCCGAUAAGCGUCUGCUUUCCCCUCUCCCAGUCCCCAUCUCCUCCUCCUGCCUGCACUCACUGCAGCGCUCCCGUGCCCCCACCACCCCAUACCAGUGCCAUCUCUUCGCCCCCCGCUGCUCCCAGUCCAUCCCUGUGGAGAACCAGAGACCCCCCCCAGCUCCUGCACAGGCACUCGGCCUCCGAGCUGCCCACGGCCCCAGGUUCCCCCCUUCCAGCCUGCCCAAACCUCAGGACUGCCAUGCCAGGCAUCAGGCGAACCUCGCUGUCUCCUCCACCUCCCCACCCGUCCCACUUUGCCUUCGCCUCUCGCCAGCCUCUCAGGCGCUCUUCUGUCUCCUGCUCUCCCCGGUCUGCUGCUUGCCCCGCCGCCAACGCAGCACCUCCGCAGAGGGGGGAUGUCCUGCAGCCACGGGCUCCCACCGUCCUGCCCGUGAUUCCUGACAGGGCCAAGGGACCCUCAGACAAAGCAGGCCAGGAGGCUUUGACAAACACAGCUCUGAAUGGCCAUGCUGAAGAACAAAUCGCUUCAGGCCCCUCUGGGACCCAGGCAAAAAACGUGGACGGCUCCUUCUUUCCACACCUCGGAGCUGCGCCCUCCUCCCCGCUGCCCACCAUCGCCAGCCCCCCAGGCUCCUCCUUUGGCCAGGCUCCCUCCCCGUCCCCCCACCCCUCGUGUCGUCCCCCACAGCAGUGGUGUCAGCCCGCGUCACCCUCUCUUCCAUUGCCUCCCCCUUACGCUGCUGUGUCUGAGGUGACUUUGCCCAGGAGGACCCCUCCUUACAUGACUUCACCAGCCAUUGCCCACUUGAGCCCAACGCUUCCACCUGGCCAUCCCAGUGGCGCUGCUGUGAUCCCUGCUUC